CUACUUUUCCGAUUUAGUGACCACCCAAUGAAGAGGGAGAACCACACUCUCACCACUGAGUUUGUUUUGCAAGGUUUCUCCAGCUUCCACGAGCACCAGCUCACUCUUUUUGUGGUAUUUCUUACACUGUACAUCUUAACCCUAGCAGGUAAUAUAAUCAUUGUGACCAUUAUCCGUAUUGAUCAUCAUCUCCACACCCCCAUGUACUUCUUCCUCAGCAUGCUGUCCACUUCAGAGACUACAUAUACAGUGGUCAUUCCCCCAAGGAUGCUAUCCAGCCUCGUGGAUAUAAGCCGGUCUAUCUCACGCGGUUGUGCCACACAGAUGUUCUUUUUUGUAACCUUUGGGAUCACUAACUGCUUCCUGCUCACAGCAAUGGGAUAUGACUGAUAUGUGGCCAUCUGCAACCCCCUGAGAUACACAGUCAUUAUGAACAAGAGGGUGUGCAACCAGCUGGUGUGGAGGGCCUGCAGCAUUGGGCUGAUUGUAGCUAUGACACAGGUGACACCUGUAUUCAGGUUACUUUUCUGUGCAACAAAGGUGGCCCACUUCUGUGACAUCCGACCUGUGAUGAAGCUAUCCUGCAUUGACAUGACUGCCAAUGAGAUUCUGACUUUGAUCAUCAGUGUUUUGGUGCUCGUUGUGCCUAUGGGUCUGCUCUUCAUCUCUUAAAUCCUCGUUAUCUCUACAAUCCUCAAGAUCGCCUCAGCCGAGGGCAGGAAGAAGGCCUUUGCUACCUGCGCCUCCCACCUAACUGUGGUCAUUGUGCACUAUGGCUGUGCCUCCAUUGCCUACCCCAAGCCCAAGUCAGAGAACACCAAGGAUCAGGAUCAGCUAAUCUCAGUGACCUACACUGUGAUCACCUCCCUACUGAACCCUGUGGUGUACACCCCAAGGAACAAAGAGGUCAAGGAUGCUCUGCUCUGGGCCAUUGGAAGGAAGCUUUCCUAA